CCCGUUUCUGGCCGCUCGCAAAUUCUUCGAAAUAGUCGUUAUGCCUACUAUGGAGUACACCAUUCACAAACCCGAAAUUGGUAAAGGCGGCUUUAGCCGUGUUUUUCGUGGGACAGACAUGGGGUGUGGUCGAGCCGUCGCUCUCAAGAAAUCUCGUUGCUCGCUUGUCAUAAAGAAGCCACAUCUCCGGCAUGAAAGCCGUAUUCUCCAGCUUCUUCAAUCCCACCCCGCCAUACCCGCUAUCUAUGGAUACGCCCACCUUCCUCACUUUGAAUAUCUGGCCAUGGAGCUCCUUGGCGAAAGUGUCUCCGAUUUGCAGCCGGAUGGGACAAAGAUUGCUCCCAAGACGGUAGUUUCCGUCGUGCUACAGACCAUGUCUGCACUUCAACACAUCCACAAGCUGGGGAUUGUGCACCGUGACAUCAAGCAGGGAAAUUUGAUGUGCAGCCUCAACGACCCCUCGAGGAUUAAGCUCAUCGAUUUUGGCAUUUCGCGGAUGUUCUACGAGGGCGAGCCGAAGCGGCGUGACCCGGCGACCAAGGGAUACAAAAUGGUCGGAACUUUGGAUUGGGCCAGCCUGAAUGCGCACGAUGGCAUAGCACUUUCCGCACGCGAUGACUUCGAAUCACUAGCCCAUGUUGCCCUCGAUCUACUCCGGGGGGAUCUCCCAUGGGGCUAUCGACCUUGGCUCGAACCUCGUAGGAUUGCACAAGAAGAAGUGCGAGCCUCCAAGCGCAGUCACACGGCGGAAUCCCUAGGAGCGGGAUUUCCCCCUGAAUUCUCCUCUCUACUCACUUACAGUCGAUCGCUCCGAUUCAAUCAACUCCCAGACUAC